AUGGAGGAAGAUAGCGAUGCCGAUUCAAACUAUGAAGAACCUCUGGCAAAGAAAAAGAAACUGAUCAAAAAGAGAAAAACUCUCAAAAAAGAGUUGGAAGAGGAAGGUUCCGGAGAGGAAGAAGACUCCCAAAAAUUGAAGAAGAAGAAGUUGGAAAAGCCAAAGAAGAAGCGAGUAAGAGCACCUGCUCCCCGAAUUGAGAGAACGGAGCAUCAAAAGAAAGUUGCGCUCAAAACAUUGGAGAAAAUAUAUCAACAAACUGAUACACCAUCAUUACCACUGAAAAGAGAAAUAGCGGAAGUUCUUCUCACAACAACGAGAAAUGUUAGUCGAUUCAUGAAUUACCGUCGGAAUAAAGAGCGAAACCAAGGCAAAUAUGUAAAAGUGAACAAAGAAAUCAGUAAAAAGUUAGAAGAAUUGUUCAAAAUAAAUCCGAAUCCAACAACGGAAAGAAAAAAAGAAAUUGCGGAGGCCAACAAGUUGAAACUACAAGCAGUUUCUAACUGGUUCAUGAACAAAAGGGAUCGACUAAAAAAUCCCGAGAAAUGGGAAGAGUUGAAUGAACGGAAACGAUUUUUGAUGAAAAGGCAACAUAUGAAAACGAAAGCUCACAAUCAGCUGAACGGAAUCCCUCCGAAAGUAAUCUUCUUCGAUGAAGAUCAGAAGAACUACAUGAGAGCAAGAUUUCAAGAGUUUAACCUCCCAACAACAAAACAAUGCGAGCUCUGGGGACAAGAAAUCAAUUUGACUGGCACCCAGGUUUACAAUUUCAUCAAAAAAGUAAGAGAGUUCAGUAGACCGGGAGUUCGAGAACAGCGAAAUAAGAGGAAGCGAGAAAGGCAAAAAGGAGCACCAAAAAAACACUAUCGUUUCGUUCCAAAAGGACACCCACCACUUUCUGAGGAAGAAGCUCUUCCCAUCAUUAAGAGAGUUCUCGAGGAAAACCCGGAUUACGUAGAAACAAAAAAUGGAGUGUUGAUGAAUCAAAUUUACUGGCCCAAAUACAAAAUAAACAACUAUAUCAGACACAAUCUACAACAAGAACCCUCUGCUAAAAAUGGGAAAUUUUUAGAAGAAGAGUUUCAAAAACAUCAAUCUAUUUCGUUGUCUCAUGCCAAGGAUUUGUCCAAAACGUUGGGAAUCAGUAUCGAAUAUAUUCGGAACUGGUUCUCCACACAAAAACGCCGUACUUUGGAGAAGUAUCUCGACGAGAAGCAAGAGCUAGACAGAUUGCCUGCUCAAAUGAAGAUAUUGGAGAUCGAAUAUCUAAAAAAUAAUGUGAUCAAUUCAAUUGAAGUGGCGGAACGAAUAGGAGGAGUUAAGAUCGCUCUUGGUUACUUCCGGAUGAGAAGAAAAUUGGACAGAAAAAGAGGAAAGAAGGUCCCUGAAGAGAAAGAUGUCCCAAAAGUCAGAAAACGUCGACAGAGCAAGAAACCUUCCAAAAAACAGGCCAUCACGCAAGAAGAAAGCAGUGAUGAUUCAGAUGAAUCUUAUGGUGAUUCAGAUGAUUCAGAUGAUUCAGAUGAUUCUGAGAAGUCUUUCACGGAUUCAGAUGAAUGGGACAGCGACGAUGAUGAUGAAGUCGAUAAAGUCUUUAAGAGGGAGCCCAAAGAAGAGCCAGAAGAUGAGUAA